GAGCAGCGGCGGUCGUCGAAGAGCAAACCACUCACUCGUCGGCAUGUUUGCGCCGAGCUUAGAGCGCGUCUCGCGAGCUCCGUUGCCGACUCGUCUCGUCACCGUGGAUUCGACCCGAGUGCCAUAAGAUAAAAAGGGAGACUACCGACAACUUCACGGGUCGUCGGCCAAUCGACAGCGUCGUCUGCAACGGAUACGAGCGGUGUGUGCGCACAGUUGGUCGCCGUCGUCUGCUAGCGAGAAAGUUUCCGUCUGCUCUCUCGGAAGUUGGGUCGCCCGCUACCGGUGUGCGGUUCAACGGAACCGAAUUGCGUCCGCACACUUUCGACGACGGUACGAGGAACGGUUGGAUUUUCGGUUCUUCGGAAACCUUCUUCGGUUCCAGCGGCUCCCUGGGCUGCACCUGUCGGAGAACCGAAAACGUAUCGCUCCGGGCUCUGUCGAUUCGCCGGCCAUGGUGAAGAUGACGUCAGCCGGGGACCCUCGGUCCUGAUUGGACGCCGUGUCGGUCACGUGCCCACCUGCUGACUCACGACCCCUCAGGCCUUCACCGCUGAGGACGUCGGGACUUGUCCGUGCGUCGCCAUGUCUGGCAGCGACGCCAGCGUAUACCUGUCGGCGGUCCGCUGGGACGACUCGGGCCUGCCUCUCCAGGAGUUCGUCCACAAGUUCCGAGAACCCCAGGUCGGCCGCGUCAUCCGGGGCCAGUACCGGCACGUGGGAGUUCCGUCUCUCUCGUCGCCGAGUCUCAGCAGCGUCCUGUUCCUGUCGCCGCUCGGGCCUCGGCUCCGAAUCAGCGCCCAGUGCGUCAAGUUCAAAGAGAACCGCCGGGUCUCGACCAUCGGCCCCCGUCUCGCCAUCCCGGACAGCUACAAGGGCUGGUUCGAGAUUCUCUCCGAAGACGGCCGCUCGUCCAGGUGCUUCGAGAGCGUCGCCGAACUGCUGAGGAGGUCUCCUGAGACCUGUCUGGUGCGAGAGGCCGUCAAGGCACACCUAGCGCAUCCCGAUGACCCUGAGACGGUGACCGACAAGACGCGGACUCUGCCCCUGGGUGAGACGCUCGUGGUGAUCCGGGAAGUGAGGGCGUCGCUCGGUAGGCUCAGGUCCACUCACGGGAGGUUCCUCCGCUGUCUCACUUCCGGGGGAGACACGGUCUACCUGGCGGCAGAAUCGAGGGGCAAGUUCUCGCCCAUCGCCAAGGAAGGCAACAUAUCUGGAGUCCACACCGUUAGGACCCUACUCUGCAAACGGUUUCCGCUAAUGGUGAGGCUUGUGCACGGACGACCGGCCUCGGGUCUCAAGACAUCCGAGCUAAGGCUAUACGGCAUCGAGAGGGAAGACUACAUCAUGGCGAUGCCACUUAUCAAAGACGCGCCGCCGGUGACGAUUCCCCAGUCGGCCUUUCUCAAGCUCCAGGCGCCCAAGAACGCCGACGUCCUGGUGACAUUGCCGGAGUACGCGAGGCUGUCGGACAGAUGCAACAGACUCGUGGACCGCAUGGAUGCCAUCGAGGUCCUGGAGACGACAAGGAGCAGCAGCGACAUCAUUAGGACGCCUCCAUACAGGAGUAUAUCGGAGCCCAAUUCCAAGAGCCAGACACCCACGUCACCGACGGCUGCUCCGGCCGUCGAGAGGCUGCAGUCUACCCCUGCCCCGGACGACUAUCGCUACGAGGAAAUAGACCAGAUAUACGACUACGUACGAGGUUUCGCUCCUUUACCGGAGAAGAUCAAGGCCGAGCUUCAGGGAGGCGGCGAGGUAUUUCAGAAGGCGUGCCCAACCUCCGGUACUACCACCGUGGCUUCGGGUUCUGCCAGGGAGCGACCACUGCCACCGCCAAUCGAGACCAUCCCGGCACGAAGGUACUCACUAGCAACGGACCCGGGACCUAAUCCACCGCCCGCGGUUGUCCUGAAGUCUACGAAAUCCAAGGACACGGAUUCCCACAUCUACGAGGCCGUCACCAGGCGCUCCGAGGAAAGGGCCUCCAGGGGCAGCGUGAUACCAUCCAAGGUGGCACUUCGAUCCGUACCCAAGCCUCCCAACAACAAACUGUUCGUGAAAAGCACGCAUCCGGUCCGCAACGGCAAGCAGCGCAUCUUCAGGAAUGCCGCAGUCCCGAUUAAGGACGUGGCCGUCAUGCCGUGCCCGGUACCGCAUCACGACAACCAUCACAACGGCCACCCUCACCACCAUCACCCGAACAACAAAGGUGGCAGUUCGGCCAUACUGCAAAAGGUCGCUCGUGCCAAGACCUGUCGCGGUGGCAAAGCCGGCGCAGCUACCGCGGCCAACAACAUCAACAAUAACAACAGCAACAACAACAACAACAACAACAAUGCCAUAACGACGUCCCCACUUUUCAACAUCCGGUACAAGUCGCUCACCAACUUGGCCGUCGACUUCAAUGACACUCUCGACUCCAGCAACUCGGGAGGAGGAAGGGCCUCCUCUGGAGGCUCCGGCUCCAAGGGGUCGAAGGAGAGGUCCCCGCCGCCCCAUAAGCUGUCCCGGCCCAAGUCACUCAGCAACCUCUUCUGGGACGUGGAGGUGAACAACAAGUACAAUCUGCUGCACAGCAACGAACUCAAAGCAAACCAGUUCAUCUACGCCGACCUUCCCGCCAAACUAGCCGCAUCUGAAAGGUCAGGAAAGAGAGUCGGCACCCUGUACCUCUGAGCCAGGAUACUCGUCGUCGCAACCUUCUCCCUGUACAUAGUGCGCCUGUCAAGACGUCCUAGGGCCAAGCUCAAAGUGGUCUCGCGUGUCGUGUAAACGAGUCGUACGUGGUGAGGCUACAUCCACUGUAAUAGUCACCGAAAGUCGCGGCUUCGAAGCUGCUGGAAGAACUUGUCAACGCGAAUGGCUGCCGCUGCUGCAGUCAGACGACAAGGACCAAUCAAAGGAUAAGGACGUUGCCUGCGAGGGUGUGCAUAAGGUCGGCGUGAAGCCUAAAGUUUCGCACGCGGAAGCUUUGUAAGGAUGUGGUGUGAAAGAAUGUGCGCUCGGCACUCUCUAGGCUCUUCGAAGUACCCCUCCUGGACCCAUGAGAUGUGCGUGUUCGUGUCUGUGCGUGUCUGUUGAAGUCUACGAGGCUGCGUUAUGACGUCAGGUUUCGUCAAGAUCUCGCAGAAAUGUCUUGCGGAACUCAAUCACGCAGAUUAAUCUGACCGCCUGCCUUCGUUUAGUCCGUUCCUCGUUUCAAGAUGGCGUUGCCAAGACUCGCUGCGCCAAGAGAACAUUGAUGAUUCGCAGCGUCCGCUUAUAGCUACUGAUGAAGUCUCAGAACUGAGUUUUUUUUUUGUGUUUAUGUACGUUCGCUACUGAGUACUCGGAAGGAUUUGUAAUUUGGACUAGUACCAUACGUGUUUCCUGCGACUGAUUUUGUGUUUCCAGCUCUACAUCGCUCGCUGUGUCUUAGGAGCCUGGCGCGUCUUGUGACAUCUACUAACGUUGUUUUUUUAUAUGUUUUUUUUUCUAAUGCAGACGACGACGACGUAAAAGGAAACGUGGCGUCUACCUUGUGAUAUUUGUUUUCGCCGAAGUCGUCAUAGCAGAUGUUCUUAACCCGCAAGCGUUAAAGCCUGGUUUACACAGCUGCGUUUGGAAGUGCUCUAUAGUUCGUUGCGUUUCCUUAUAGACAAACUCAACUCUCUGACGUCAUGCCACUGCGGUGGCGCUGUAGUCAGCACUGCGCAUGCGCAGGCACGGACUUGUUUGUAAACAGCGUGUUGUCCACGACGACAAUAUACUGGCGCCAUCUGUCGGGUAGUCCUAGAACUUGCGCGUAAAACUACGCUCACGGAGUCGGAAUAUUCUUGAGAUCAAAUCUCGCGCCAACCAUGAGAAAUAGCGGCUUAUAAUAUUGCCAGAAUGAUUUUCAAGCACGCGAUAAAAUAAUGAUGUGUAAGGAAACAUAAGAAUACAUUAGCGCACCGAAAGUGUUAUAGGGUUAGCUCAUAGAUGGCGCCAUGUGAACCUGUGCUCUCUUGCCGGAAGAGAACGCAAUGCAUUCGAACACACGCAAACGCAAAUGUGUGAUCCAGCCUCGAGGCUGUUUUAUUCCCGUCACAACGGGAGUUAAAAAGAACCAAUCGCAAGAUUAUUGAGGAAAAAACAAGGAAGAUGUACGCCAAGGCAACACCAUUGUAACGCUCGUGAAACGGUUGUCGAUGCAUUUACGAGCUGUUAGUGUCAAUAACGACCUGUCACAAAUGACUCGUAUACCUGCUCCCUUUUUUUAACAGCUGCCGUUUGUGCCAUUGCGUCCGAUGGUAAAAGCUACGAUGCUGCACAUGCAAGUGACUCGUUUUUUUACUCUAGUGUAUAAAACAAAAGAAGCAAUAAAUUCUUAAAAAAUAGUAAAA